CAGACUGCCUGCUGAUGCUGGUGUUCAAGGACAGGGCGGAGCGUGCCAAGGGCCUGCGGGGGCGCAGCAGCCUGACCCUGGAGGACAUCUGCGGCCUGGAGCCUGGCCUGCCCUACGAGGGCCUGACCCACACGCUGGCCAUCAUCUGCCGCUCCCAGGCCGUCAUGCUGGGCUUCGACAGCCGCGAGGCCAUGUGCGCCUGGGACGCGCGCAUCCGCUAUGCGCUGGGUGAGGUGCACAGGUUCCAUGUGACGGUGGCCCCAGGCACCAAACUCCAGAGCGGCCCGGCCACCCUCCACCUCUGCAAUGACAUCCUGGUGCUGGCCAGGGACGUGCCCCCAGCCGUCACAGGCCAGUGGAAGCUGUCAGACCUGCGGCGCUACGGGGCAGUGCCCAAUGGGUUCAUCUUUGAAGGCGGGACCAGGUGUGGGUACUGGGCCGGUGUCUUCUUCCUGUCCUCAGCAGAGGGUGAGCACAUCAGCUUCCUGUUUGACUGCAUCGUAAGAGGCGUCUCCCCGACCAAGGGCCCCUUUGGACUACGGCCGGUUCUCCCAGACCCGAGCCCCGGGGGCGCCUUGACCAUGGAGGACCGUGCUGCCCAGGAAGCCCUACAGCUGGAGAAGCGACUCAGCCUCCUCUCCCACUCGGGACGGCCGGGCAGCAGAGGGGACGACCGUAGCCUGUCCAGCUCGUCUUCUGAGGCCAGCCACUCGGACAUCAGCGCCGGCAGCCGACUGGCCCCGUGGCCAGAGCCGUCCUCGUCCUCGGCCAGCACGUCACAGGAGGGGCCGGGGCCGGCCACUACACGGGCCCUGCACCUAGGCGAGGCCUCGGCUGCAGGGGAGGCGGCCCCGGGCACCUCCCAGCCCCCCGCCAAGCCGCUGCGGCCCAGGCAGCUGCAGGAGGUCGGCCGCCAGGGCUCCUCGGACAGCGGUAUCGCCACGGGCAGUCACUCGUCCUACUCGGGGAGCUUCUCGUCCUACGCCGGCAGCAGCCUGGAUGUGUGGCCGGCCGCUGACGACUUCGGCUCGCUGCUCAGCCUGCCGCCCGUGGCUGGGGCACCGGAGCCCGGCCUGUGCGCCUGUCCACCUGGCGCGGCCCCGCGGGUGGCUGAGUACCAGGUGCCCGGCACUCCACGGCCUCACUACGACACGCCCCGCAGCCUGCGCCAGGCUCCCAGGGACCAGGGCCCAGUCUCCCAGGGUGGCCCCAAUGAGGGCGCAGCCGCCGCUGCGGCCGGGGACCUGAGUGGCCAGACGUCCGCGGGGUCUCCCUCCAGCUGGCUGGGCACAGAACGGCGGGGGCCACCAACAGAGGCACUAGUGCCCAGCCCGGCACCCGGCGAGCCCUGGGAGGCGGGCGGCCCCCACACGGGGCCCGGUCCGGCCUGCUUUUCCACGUGCCCUGUGUGUGGAGGACUGCAGGUAAGGCCCCCUCCCUGA